AUGAUACCUGAUAGUUGGAAAAGACCACAAACUAGACCUAUUGUCUUUUCAUAUGUUAUUGAUUGGGCUUUAGUGGUCGUGAUGGCGAUUAUAUUUUUUAUGAUCGAUAGAAUCCAACCUUUUCAUCGUGAAUUUUCUUUAAAUGAUCCAAAUUUGAUGCAUACUUAUGCUUUGGAAGACUCUGUGCCCGUCUGGUUAUUGGCGGUUUUAUGUGCUGUGAUUCCUGCUGUCAUCAUUGCUUUUAUGGCAACAUUUAUUUAUAAACGAGCUUUGGAUUUGAAUCAUGGUUUAUUAGGUCUUUUUUUAUCACUUGCUUUGUGUGCUAUGAUAACCGAUACAGUAAAGAUCACAGUAGGACGACCACGCCCAGAUUUGAUAGCCAGAUGCCAACCACCUGCUGAUGCACAUGAUCCUCAUUUUGGUUUAUCGAAUUAUACCAUCUGCACUGUAGACCCAAGUACACCUAUCAUGAUAGAUGGAUUCAAAUCAUUCCCAAGCGGUCAUACUUCAUUUUCUUUUGCUGGAUUGACCUUUUUUUCUUUAUACUUGGCGGGCAAGUUGAAUCUAUUUGAUCAAAAGGGAGAAGGGCGAACGUUGAAAAUAUUCAUUUUUUGGAUUCCUAUUUUGGGUGCACUUCUUGUUGGUAUCUCCAGGUACAGAGAUUAUCGUCAUCAUUGGGGUGAUAUUCUUAUUGGAGGUAUUGUAGGUUUGAUCUGUGCCAUCUUCUCUUAUCAUCAAUAUUAUCCUCCUCUUUCUCAAGGUGGUAAUCCUUAUAAUGGUAGAAUUUUACGACACAAUCAGAAUAAUCACUUUGAUGAAGAAUCACAACAAAUCGAAGAAGAAUCACAACAACAUAUGCCAUCUUAUCGUCAUGAUGAUGAUAAUCAUGAUACUAAUCACCCUCCUAGUCCUACUUCCAUUAAAGUAAUAUAG